AUGUUCACGGGGGUUUUCGAACACGAAAUCAAACACGAUCCUGAACCAGAAGAUGAGGGCACAGUUAGAGUCAAUGCAAGGAUCUUCGGAGGAGACGACGAAAUCUUGACAUGCACGAGAAAGUCGUCCGUUGACGAAUUCAUCAACGGUGAACGCAACGAGUGUCAAAGCAAACUGGACUUGGAUUAUUUCUUAAACCUUUCAGGGAUCAGCGACUACGAUAUUGCACAUGCCAUGCAUCACUUAGUUCGCUAUGUUGCUAAAAUAACUUCUUCAGAAAGUGAUGGGUAUUCUCCGGGGUGUGCUUUACAAGUGACGUUGGAUCUUAUUUUUUACGAUGAGCCUCAAACUUUAGAGGAUGUUCAAGUCUCGCGUGGACACAAAAUCAAACACGAUCCUGAACCAGAAGAUGCGGGCACAGUCAGAGUCAAUGCGAGGAUCUUCGACCAAGAUCAUCACUCGUCAUUCACGACUUUAUCGUUUGCCGACGAGUUCAUCAAUGGAGACGAGUGUGGGAGCAGACUAGACUUGAUUAAUUUCUUGCGGGAAGCAGGAAUGAGCGACCACGAGGUUUUAUAUGCGAUGUACAAAUUAAUCCCCUAUGUUGCUCAAGUAACUUCUUCCAAAAGUAAUGGCUAUUCUCGAGGGUGUGCUUUAGAAGUGUGGUUGGAUCUUCUUCUUCUAGAGCCUCGAUCAUAUCAAUUAUGA